UCCGGACAUUUCCGAGUGUGCGGAAUACGGAAGACAAGUUCUACAGAAGUGGCAACGAAUGAAACAUUGCCUGACACUUUCCCAAAAAUUUUGUUUUCGCCCAGUGAAGUGAUGUCAGGCGCUGUGCAAGAUGGAGAGUUUACAGAACCUGCUUAUGCAACUGAUGAAAAGUCAAAGCCAGGUUUUGUGAGGACAAUUGUGGCUGUGAAAGGCUUAAGGAGUACAAAUCAAAUGACGAUGAAAGGGCUUAAGAAGAAAGCCAGCAAUGCAGAGAUCGAGUCCACCUUUGAGCAGCAGUCAUUCUGCCUUACAGUUGAGGGAACAAAGGGUGAUGUUAAACAUAAGAAAUACCAGCUGAAAAUUAGGAAACUUCCAGGGGAGAUAAUUCCUGAGAAAUGUUACGUAGAGCCUGAUAAAGACAGAGUGUUGUUAUUUUUGCACAAGAGUGAAGACAAAUCAUGGUACCCAGAGUUAGAAAAUGGAUUAGAGAUGGAGGAAGACCAAGAAGAAGACAGCUGAGGAAUGUAUUAAGUGGAAAGUGUAUAAAAACAGUCAGAUUUAGUUACCAUUUCUCAGUUCACACACAUGUGCAAUAUUCAGAGAGAGGAGGAAGAUUCAAUUAACAGCUGUGUGUGAUAAUAUAGCAGAACUUACAUUUUCUUUUUCUGGGACAAUCACUGCCUGAACUAAUGUGUACGUGGUUCAUUUGACAAUAUCUUGAUCAGAAUUGAUUAUACCAUGGUCUUAUUGUAGGUUUGGGCUUUGCAUUCAGGUAUUUGAAAUUUGGAAUUCAUUGGUAUGGCCGGUGUAUUACUUUAUAAAUUAUCUUAUAUUAAUCAUUUGACAACUUCUAUCAUAUUGUCAUUUAGACUGACAGUAACAUGUUGUGGUUUACAACAAAGGCUAUAUGAAGAGUGUGGUCUAUCUUUCGAAUUUUCCCAUAUAGAGUUUAUACAGCAGAUGAGUGCCGAGUAUUCCCUUAUUAUGGCAGACAGAUACACAUGAGACAGUUCAUGGCAGUGAAUAAUGUUUUUGUCACAAUUUAUUUUGUUUUAUUUUUUGUCUUUUUAUGAUGCAUAGUAUUCAUUUAUAUAGAUGUUCACACACUCACAAGAAGGAAGCAGCAAAAGGCCAAAGGUUUUGUUUUUAGAGUUUUGUCUUUAAUAUCUAUUGUGAAUACCUGUAGGUUGAAUUUAUGUUGGCAUACAACCUUUAAUGUAUCAAAGUCUUUAAGGUGAUGGCUAAUAUAUCCAUUUUUAAUGUAUUUUAUACUGUUUAACAUGUGUAAUCCAACUAUGAUUAGUCGUUAAAAGCCAAGCCAAAUGAUGACAGCAUAAAGAUGCAGUAGCAGUAAUGAUUAUUUUCAUGUCACUGUUUGCAUUCAUUUGGAAAAUUUAUCAAGAAAUUAUGUCAUUGCUAUCCACUUCUGAAAAAAUGUAUAUUUCCAUGUGCAGGCAUUUUUUUUUUGUAGAUGAGGAUUUAGCUCAUGUUUUAUGGUUGCAGCCCACAAGAACAUUUUGCUGAACUAUAUAUUUACCAUAAAUCUCAACCCUCAAUAAUUUUAUACAAUUGUGGUUAAUUAUACAGAUGUUUUAGAGAGGCUUUUCAGGUUUAAAGUUUAGAGUAAUGGGUACAAGUACUGCAAAAGGUUUAAUGAUAAUGCAAGGUUUCAUUGGACAUAUUCAUUGGAGGAAUUUUUCCAUUGGUAUUGAAGGGUAUGAUAUUAUGUUUAAUAUAAAAACGCUGUUCAUAUGCAUGCAUGCCAAGCCGGUUCCUGUUUCAUUGAGCUGACUUCAUUAGCAUACUAUUUUUUGGGUGAGGUAGACAUCAAUAGUAAGAAUCAACCGCAGUGAUAUCCACGGGGGACAACUUUUGGUCGAACUUUUAAAUUACCUCCCUUGGCCUGAGAUCCGCGAUCGAUCU